AUGGCUCGUCUCAUCCCUAGAGAUCCUUUGAUAUAUGUUCUCGGGGCAACUGGUACGGGAAAAUCACAACUGGCAAUCGACCUUGCGAAACGCUUUAAUGGCGAAAUAAUAAAUGGUGAUGCUGUACAAAUGUAUGAGGGUCUGCCUAUAAUUACAAAUAAAGUUACUGUCGAAGAACAGAAUGGUGUUCCGCAUCACUUGCUAGGUUUCAUUCCUCUGAAUGCGGAAACAUGGACAGUGGGAACAUUUAGGAAGCAAGCUAGCCAAAUAAUUCGAGAAAUUCGAUCAAGGGGACGACUACCCAUUGUAGUAGGAGGAACUCACUAUUAUACGCAGUCUCUUCUGUUCGAACAUGAGCUCGUCUCCUCUGGAAAAGCUUCCAUGGAAGGCCAGGAUGAUGAACAACUUCCUCUAGAAGAGUUAUCCAAACGAUUUCCAAUCCUCGAUGCACCUACGGACCAAUUAUUAGAUCGAUUGAGGGAGGUUGAUCCACUUAUGGCUGCGCAGUGGCAUCCCAACGACCGUCGCAAAAUUCAGACAUCACUUCAAAUAUUCUUGACUUGUGGAAAGAAAGCCUCCGAUAUUUACAGAGAGCAGAAAGAGGCCAAAGCCAUAGCACAAGCAAAUUUAGACGGCUACUUAAAAUCUCCAGACAGGUUCGAGAUAGGCUCGCCAUUGCUAUUCUGGGUACAUGCGGAAUCAGAUGUUCUUAAAUCGAGGCUUGACAAACGAGUAGAUAAGAUGAUUGAUGUAGGUUUGCUAGACGAAGUCAAGUCCAUGGAGACAACUCGUCAACAAUACGUUCGUCGCGGCGCUGAUCUUGAUCUCUCUCGUGGCAUAUGGGUCUCUAUCGGCUGGAAAGAGUUUGAGCUAUACCUUGCCGCUCUUGAGCAGGAAGGCGGAAACCCCAAAAAGCAAGAUAUCCUUCGUAAUGAUUCGUUGGAAAAAAUGAAAGCUGCCACGCGACAGUAUGCUAAGCGACAAAUCCGAUGGAUCAGUCUCAAAUUGAUACCGAGCCUUAUUCAAAAAAAUGCUCUUGACAGACUAUUUCUCCUCGAUGGAACAGACAUUUUAGCCUGGUCGGAGAACGUGUCAGGUCCUGCUAUUGAUAUUACGCAAAAUUUCCUCCUUGGUAACAAGCUCCCCACGCCCAGCGAAAUGUCUACCCUAGCCGGGGAAUUCUUAAAUCCCGAAAAGCCUUUGCAGCACACCCAAAGCAAAGCUCGUUGGGUGCCAAAAAAAUGCGAAAUAUGCCACAUUGUCGUUAUGACAGAAGGUCAAUGGCAAGUGCAUUCUGCAACCCGUGCCCAUCGACGAAUGGUUAAGAAGCUGCAGAAAAAUGGGGCAAAUAGUAGGUCUCGUCACGAUAGCGAAAGAAAUGGCAGCAAAUCACCAUCUGCUACUUGA